AUGACAUCGGCGGUGCGACGCCUUCAGUUCACCGAUUCCUCAGCUCAACCGACUCCACCUGAGCUCACUGACUAUAGAGCCAAUCGAUUGCCACAGAAGGAUACACCUUAUAUGAAAUCACUGGAAGCUUAUGUUACUAAUACUUGGAAGGGGGUCAAAAAGCCCCAAAUCUUAGCACACGAUGAAGGAUAUUAUAUUUUUAUAUUUGACUCUGUGGAAGAUUGUGAGAAGGUGUUAAAUGCAGGCCCUUACACAUUUGACAAUAAGCCUUUUGUCAUUCAAAAAUGGACCAUUGAUUUCCAGUUUGAGCUGGAUUGCCUCACCACCAUACCUCUAUGGGUAGUAUUUCCUGGACUUCCUGUAGGCUACUGGUCCAUUGAAUCAUUGAGUAAGGUGGCCAGUGCUAUUGGAAGGCCUAGAUAUACAGACACAUUUACUGCCAAAAUGGAGAAAAUAGCCUAUGCCAGGAUACUGUAUGGACACCUUGAGGAAAACUUCUGGCACAAUGUCCAAAACCUAGUGGAAAAUGAAUUUCAAGAGAGACCUAGAAGGAAGAGAAGAAGAAGGAAUAGAAGGAACAGAGUGCCAGUCCAAACUUGGGAACCAAAAGGAGAUGAACAGGAGGGGGGUGAUCAACUAGUACACCCAGCUCCUACUCCAAAUGAACCCCCACAAGAAAUAGCAGAAGAAGUGAACACUCAAAUGGAACCACUACUUCCUGACACUCCCAAUGCACUGCAGCAUCCUGCUGUUCAGACUAGCAAUGCUUUUGAGGUGCUUGAAUAG